AUGUCGAUUUCGGUGCGAUUGGAGAAGAAACGGCCAGCAAUGAUGCACCAAAUGGCCGUGAAUUGUUUGCAUGGCUUUAAGCAGGUGUUGGUGGACAUUUCACCGGUCAAUGUCGUCAAGAAAGUAAGGGUUUUAGCUAAAAUUUGAGGGAAUUUGAAGUAUUUUUGCUAGUUUAGGUAAUUUAGGUAACAAAGUUUAUAUUUUUAUGGAAUUUGACAUUUUUAUAGUCGAAAAUAGAUUUUUUAUGAUGGUAAUGUGAUGGAGAAUGUUGAUAAGCGUUUCUGUUGUAAUUUAGAGCACAAAACGUGAUCUUCUCCUUUAUAUUAAUCAUGAACUUAUUUCCUUCAAGUUUUUUACAGUUUCUUCGAAUUACUUUACAAAACUUGCAAAAUAAUAUCAAUUUUGAGUUUUUUCUAUAUUUUCUGCAAAGCUUGUGACACUUUUUAGGCAUUGAUAUUGAAUGGGAAUGUUUUACAAGUCAAGAACCAAUGUUAUCAGUUGGAGAACAAUGUAAAGCUGGUCGGGAUAGGCAAGGCAGCACAUGAAAUGAUUGUUGGUGCUGAAGAAGUGCUUGGAGGUCAUGUUAAGGAUGGCGUUGCUGCUGUUCCUGUUGGCACAAGGUUAGUUUUUGAAGAUUUAUAAAACAAAACUAGUACAUGGUUAUUGUGUUAUUUGCAUAAUACGAAAUGCAAACGUAAAACAAUAUUUUAGAGUAUCAGCUAAUCUCAAGACGAAGUUUCUUCAAGGUGCCAAGGACAAUUUACCUGAUGAAGCUGCAGUUAAAAAUACAAAGGAGAUCUUACAGUACUUGAAACAAAAUAAUCGUGGUGAAGAUAGCUUAGUUUUGUUCUUGAUAUCAGGUAAGGAUUCAAACUAUCAGGUUGUUCAAAUAAUUCUGUGCCUUCUGUCAAUGCUCAUUCUCGGGGUCUGGGUCACAGAAUUAUUUGAACUACCUAGUUAUGCCAAUAUUAUAUCAAAUACUGGCCAUAAGACUUUUAGGUACUGAAUAAGCUAAUAGUUAUUGUAUAGAUCAAUAGGUACCGUAAACAUAAACUAAUAGGUACUGUAUAAACUAACAAAAGCAAGAUUUACUUUAAGGUGGUGCAUCAGCCUUGUUAACAGCACCAGUAAGUGGAGUAUUAUUGGAAGACAAGUUGGCUACAAUCAAGUUGAUGGCUUCAAAUGGUCUUGACAUCAAAGAGAUGAACACAGUAAGAAUAGCAUUGUCUGAAGUCAAAGGAGGCGGACUGGCUAGAAAUCUGGGCAAAGCGAAGGUAGGCUAACAUCAUAUUUCACUAUGACUUUGAAUUCUGUACCCCCUCUCAAAGCGGAUUGGUUUUUGAAGUUGGGGCACAGAAUUAUUUGAACUACUUAAUACUUUUUUUAAAGUUAGUGACAUCAAGAUUCAUUUUAAGGUGGUUCUAUAGAUUUUCUGACCAAAUACUCCCUAUAUUACUCAUUAGUACUAAACUUAUGACUUACAAGGGAAAGGCAAAUAGGGGGUAUCGGACCUAGAACUGAUACCUAUAUCAUUUGAAAGAGCGUGAAAAGUUAUGUAGAAAUCAAAAUUUUUAGCGGCCCAAAGUCAUAUACUAAAAAGUUACAGUAAUAUAAAGUUUUUCCUAUGAGAUUUCUUAUUAGAGAACACUCUGGAUGAAAGCGCCGAAAACGAGAGCAAAGCACUGUGUGUUCUGGUGGCCCAGUGGGUCGAAGCCUAGCCUUGCAUUCCAAAAGGCUGAGAGUUCGAAUCCCACUGCGGUCGCACUUUUGCUAUCGUUUUAUUUUAAUCCCUGCAGGUUUGCAAAAAUGUUGUAAUUUUUUUAUUUUGGCAAAAAAAGACUAAUAAGCGUUUUUAAAGAUUUUUAUUUAUUUUUAGUUUAUUUGAAUGGCAAAAUUAGGCAGUCAAAUUAUAUUCGUUUUACUAUACAGUGUUAGUUUAAACAUUUAUUAACGCUUUAAUUUUAAUAAAGUAACAGUUCUUUUUAUCAAAAAGAACAUUAACAACCAUUAAAAAGAUUAUUUUAAAGUUUCAGAACAAAGCACAGAAAAAAAAAUUUUUUUAAUUUUUUCCAAAAAAAUCCACAGGGGGGAGACCCUUUGGAAUCUUGGAAAGUCGUAAACAUUGAAUUACUGUAACUUUUUAGUAUAUGACUUUGGGCCGCUAAAAAUUUUGAUUUCUACAUAACUUUUCAUGUUCUUUCACAUAAUAUAGGUCUCAGUUCUAGGUCCGAUACCCCCCUAUUUGCUAGUUCCCUUGUUACGUUACCUAUUUACAGGGAAUUUCCCUCAUCAUGUCGGACAUUGUUGGUGGUCAAAUGGCCAAAGUUGGAAGCGGCCCCACCGUACUACAACCCCGAAACCUAACCGACGCUGCCAGACUUCUGGAGACGAAAGGCUUAUGGGAUCAGUUACCAUCGAAUGUUCGUGAAGCUCUUCAGAAACCAGAAACCAUAUCUUCGGAUAACAAUGUUAAUGUACAAAAUGAACUUAUAGCUGACAAUCAGCUCCUUCUACAGUCGGUCAAGAACAACCUGGAGCUUGAAGGCAUCCCAACAGUCAUUGUCAACAACAGCCUCGAGGGAAAUGCUCGAGAAAUCGGCGAGAAAUUCGCGGAAUUUGUGGAAAAUUGGGACAAAAACUCGGAAAUCAGACCUCCAUUCGGCCAGUUCAACCUCAAAGUACAACAAGGUGGAGCCUGUUUGGCAUUGAUAUACGGUGGGGAAACUACUGUAGCAUUCCCGAAAGUAUUGGAAGUCAAGCACCCUAAGGGCGGAAGAAACCAGGAAAUGGUGUUGGCCUUCUUCAACUACCUCAAAAGGUCCAAAAUCUACAACAACAAACGGUUUGUCUUCAUGAGCUUAGGAUCAGACGGUCAAGAUGGUCCUACUGAUGCUACUGGAGCCUUCAUCUGUUCAGAAGACUUGGAUGUUAAUGAUGAGAACUCAAAUAAGAUCGAGUUCUCGUUGGUUAACAAGAAUUCUUACGGAUUCUGGAGCGAUUUUCUGAACGGAGAACGACUAGUUAAAACUGGAAAGACUGGUAAUAACCUCAUGGAUGUACAAAUAUUGAUUCUUGGAUAA